GUGACUGUAGCAAUAUUUGUGGCGACGUGAGCGUUCUAUUCCCGUUCGGCAUUGGCCCUCCCACUUGCUAUUUGCCAGGGUUCGACCUCACCUGCGACAAGAGCCACCACCCCGCGCGACUGAUGCUUGGCACCUCCCGGGUUAUGAACAUCUCCCUCCUCAACAACACCAUGCACAUCCUCAAUACCGACCAAGUCCUUCACCUCUACGCCGGUAUGCCGGGCCGACAUAUCGGGGAUUUCAAGAACAUGGGUGUUGGAGAUGAGGUGCCCUACUCGUUGUCGACCAAUAAUGAGCUCAUCCUCAUUGGGUGCGGCGUACAGUCACAACUGUUGGGGGCCAUGAGCAAUCGGGCUUGGCCCAUCCUCAGCGGCUGCUCCUCUUUUUGUUCAUCAAGUGAGAAUGGCACCUACGAAGACACUGGUUUGACAGUAAUUGGAGACAACAAUGACGAUGAUGAUCUAUAUUGCUAUGGCCGGGGCUGCUGCCAGGCACGUAUCUCAAUGUCCAGGGACGGCAUGCCUAGUGGAUUCUGGAUCAAUUGGGUUGAUCCCAACAUUGGCAGCGAUGAGACGCUACCACCAUCAUAUGCUCUCAUCGCACAGGAGGGAUGGUUCCGUAAGCGCCAGGUCUCUGCACAACUAAGGAAGUGGUCGAACAAAGAUGUAAGCUCUCCAACUCUCAGUCCUAGCCUGGAGGUUCCCAUGGUUCUAGAAUGGGAGAUCUUGCAAUUGCAACAGGCUGCCAGCUCAUCACAACCACCAACAAGCGUGAGCUCCAAGCAAUAUUUGCAGUGUCCUGGCAUCUGCAAGAGCAAGAACAGCCUCUGCAAACCAAGGAAUAGAGGCUAUACCUGCCACUGCAUCGAGGGUUACGACGGGAACCCUUACCGCAUCAACGGAUGCACAGGUUAUCGUUGCUUGUAUAUUUCAGGAAUGAACGUCACUAUAGGAGUUGCCAGUGGAUUUUCCAUUGUACUUAUUGUACUGGGAGCAUUUGUCAUUUCAAAAAAACUAAAACACAGAAGAGCACAAAUAAGGAAGCGGAAGUUCUUCAUGCAAAAUCGGGGGAAACUGCUACAACAAUUGGUAUCUCUAAAAUCUGAUAUUGCAGAACGAAUGAUCAUAUCGUUAGAAGAGUUAGAGAAGGCAACCAACAAUUUUGAUAAAUCCCGCGAACUUGGUGGUGGAGGGCAUGGAACUGUAUACAAAGGUAUUUUAUCGGACCUCCAUGUUGUAGCCAUAAAAAAACCCAAGAAGGUGGUGCAAAAAGAGAAAGAGAUAUGUGAGUUUAUCAAUGAGGUAGCUAUCCUAUCACAAAUCAACCAUAGAAAUGUAGUAAAACUCUACGGUUGCUGCCUUGAAACCGAAGUCCCUAUGUUGGUCUAUAAGUUCAUAUCUAGUGGGACGCUUUACGAGCAUCUUCAUGGUGAAAGAUCAAAAUCAUUGUCUUGGGAUGACAGGUUGCGAAUAGCAGUUGAGGCAUCAAAAUCUCUAGCAUAUCUUCACUCAGCGGCUUCAACACCUGUCAUCCAUAGAGAUAUUAAGUCUGCUAACAUACUUUUGGAUGACAGUCUGACAACAAAGGUAGCAGAUUUUGGAGCUUCAAGGUACAUUUCAACGGAUAUAUCUGGGGUUAUGACAAAGGCUCAAGGAACAAGAGGAUAUUGGGAUCCUAUGUACUUCCGCACAGGGCGACUAACUGAGAAAAGUAAUGUUUAUAGCUUUGGGGUCGUUCUUCUGGAACUUCUAACCAGGAAGAAACCUUUUUUUUUUGAAAGAUCCAGCAUCGCUGGCAUUUCAUUGAUAAUAGCAGGAAGCAGCGGAAAAACAACAAGGUGGUGGAGGUCCUAG